AGUCACAGGAAGCAUUUAUUUGGUAUUUUUCCAGACAGCUGGAGUUCAGAGGAAGGCUGACCACGAUGUCUUAAUUGUUCCAGAUGUUCAGGGAAUUCAAAUAUUCACCUUGUUUAUCUAAACUAAUAAUUUUCAUGUUGCUGUUGCUGAGAGACUCAAAAGAAAAUAAGCUUUAAUUUGAAACAUUCAUGUUGUCUUAAAUUUAAUUAUAUUUAAUUGCUCAACUUUGCUUGAGUACGUACUAAUGUUGUGAUAUGUUACUGUCAGGGGACGAAGGAGCCAAUGACAGCAGUCAAACCAUGUGGCGUUCAAUGUCUGAUUUUUAGCAAAACAGCAAAAACUGAUGUUGAAUUCUUGGUCGUCCCUGGAGAAAAUCACCAGACUCCCUUGAAAAAUGUCUCAAUUUAGCGAGUUGUUGAGUUAAGAGAAACUUAAUAAACUUUGUGAAGCGCUGAUUCUGAUUAAUUUUUCAUUAUUUAUUCAUUUUUGUUAAUUCAGCAAAGGUUCUACAUGAGGAUAUUUCUUUAUUAGUGUAAAAAAAGGUUUAUUCCAGUGAUCUAUGUGUAAACAAAUGAGAUUAUAACUCCAAACUGCCUCAUACAUCAUAUCUUUGUUUAAUGUAUAAUAUUAUGUUAUUUUAUAUAACUGACAGUAGAUUAUCUUUAUAUUAUUAUUGCAAUGCAUGUGUGAAAUAAUGAAUAAUAUCAUAUUCAUGUAUUAACAGUGUUAAUAAAGUACUCAUUAGUAUCAUUGUAGCAAUAUAGAAAAUACUCCAUUACAGGUAAAAGUACUGCUGAAGUAAAAGUACACACGUUCUCAGCUUCAUGUACUUCAAGUGUCUGCAAAUAAAAAAAGUAGAAGAUGGAAUACUCAGAGUGCCUGAGAGCAGCACCUGAAUCCUCUGACUGAUGUUCUGUUUGAUCAGAACCUUCUGGAUCGUCGAGGAGAUGUGGAGCUCGGUGCUGCUCGGUCUGUUCCUGCUGCUGCAGCGUCCAGAAUUCACCAGCACGCAGGAAGUACACUGGGAGGACUACAAACAUGGCCGACAGGGAGUGGAAGAGAAGCGGUUCUGCUCGUGGAAGUGCAUCCUGUUCACUCUGCAGUGGCCCGGAGGGUUCUGUCAGUCUUUGGACCAGGAGAAACUGUGUCAGAUCCCUCCGAGCAUCAACAACUGGACCAUCCACGGUCUGUGGCCUCUCAAGGUGUUCAACUGCUGCACCUGCUGGCCGAUGUUCCAGUCAGACGUCCAGGAGCUGGAGGCUCAGCUGGAUGAACUCUGGCCGUCUCUGCUGACCAUUAAGUCCAGCUUUCACUUCUGGAGAGAGGAGUGGGGGAAACACGGUGUGUGUGCAGCGUGUGUCGAGGGAAUGAACUCUCCACUAAGAUACUUCCAGAUCUGCCUCAAACUGAGAGAACAGUUUGAUAUCUACAAGUGGCUGCAGGCUGCUGGCAUCACUCCGUCCUGCCAUCGAUCCUACAAGGUCGCCGAGGUCGACCAGGUCCUCGUUCCACAUCUGGGUGACAAACAUGAGAUCCAGUGUGUGACGGACAGCAAGGGCAGAGAGGUGUGGUUUCAGGUGAAGAUCCCUCUGUCUCGCAACCUGACUCUCGGCUGUGAUCACCUGGGCGACGAUGACGGGUCCGGCCCAGGACGGAGGUGGUCUCCGGGGCACCCCUGCCCCCCUGACGUCCCUUUCUACUACCUCCCCAUCGACCACCAGAAGCCGACGCGGCCCUGCGGCUAACUGAGCCUCCACAGCAGCUCUGAACGUGUGAUGUUAAGAUUUAUAGGUGUGACUGAACAGGUUAACACAGAACAAACACGCUCUGAACCUUUCAAUAAAGCUUGUUUCUCCAA